AUGCGACUUUGGCCACCGGCAUCCUCCUCCUUAACGGGUGAGCUCCGGGCAUACCUUACCAGAGGGGUAAAAGCAGCUUCUCCACUUCUUACAAGAUCAACCUCUCGAUCUUUGACUCAAUCAAGCCGUCGGUGUCUCACAUCAACACCAUCCUCAAAGUUGAAGAUGUCAUUGGCAAAUGCAAAUGCCGAGCAGGGAAAUGGUCCUAAACAAAAUGCCUGGGUUGGAAGUGCCGGGGCAGCUGGCUAUGAUCUGAGAAGCGAUACGAUGACAACACCCACAGCCUCCAUGCUUACUGCUAUUCAGAACUGCACACUGUUUGAUGAUGUCUUCCAGGAGGACCCAACUACUAUCGAUCUGGAAGCUCACUGUGCUGCCUUGACUGGCAAAGAGGCUGGUCUUUUUGUCCUGUCCGGGACCAUGGGUAACCAGCUAGCUUUGAGAUCUCUUUUGACUCAGCCGCCCCAUGGCUUGGUGUGUGACUACCGUUCCCAUAUUGUCAAGUAUGAGGCUGGAGGCGUCUCCGCCCUGACAGGUGCCACAGUCAAGACAAUCGUACCAAAAAAUGGCAUCUAUCUGUCACUGGAAGACAUCAAGGCCAAUGUCUACCUAGAUGACGACGUACACACCUGCCCAACUCGUCUCAUCAGCCUAGAGAAUACUCUCAACGGCAUGAUCAUGCCACUCCAGGAAGUCCAACGCAUCUCGGCUUUCGCAAAAGAAAAUGGGCUCAAAAUGCAUUGUGAUGGAGCACGACUAUGGGAGGCUGCGGCUUCCGGCGCAGGAAGCCUGAAGGAAUUUGCUUCAUGUUUCGACACUGUUACACUGUGUUUCUCCAAAGGCCUCGGCGCCCCUAUCGGCAGCGUCCUCGUUGGAGACAAGAAGGUUAUCAAGCAUUCCCGCUGGGUAAGGAAAUCAAUUGGCGGCGGGCUUCGACAGUCUGGAGUCGUCACGGCAGCGGCCCGGGUUGCCGUUGACGAGACGUUUGGCAAAGGACCAAAUGGUGAAGGGGGCUUGCUGCGGGAUACGCAUAUUUUGGCACAGCAGGUUGCCAAAAUCUGGACUGAUCUCGGCGGUCAGCUUAUCCAUCCGGUACAUACCAACAUGGUCUGGCUUGAUCUUGAAGAUGCCAACUGUCCAGACGCCCGGGUUGAUGAGCUUGGAAAGGAGGCUGGCUUGAAGCUCAUGGGGGGGAGACUGGUGAUACACUAUCAAAUCUACCAGAACCGCGAGUUUGUUGUUCCUCGUCUAGAAUCCCUCUUCAAGACAAUUAUGGGAGAGAAGAAUGGAAACAGCAAGGGCUUGAAGGGGCAAGAAGGAGAAAGGUCCAUGUAUCGGACAUCGCAGUAA